AUGGCAUUCAAAUCACUCCUUCGCGCCGCGGCUGCGCUCGCAGCAUGGACGACGCUGGCCGUCGCCGCUACCGAAGAAUCCGACAUCAAAGCGAUCAGCCUCCGAACACAUAGUCUUUCACCGCCGUUCCUGGACUCAGAGAUGCAAUCGCGAUGGUGGGACUUUGGUGGCAAUGCUGUCGUUCGUGCGGAUCAAUACAUCCGUCUCACCGGAGAACAUCACUCACAAGCCGGCUACAUCGUCAGCCGUGUGCCGCUCACCGCAACGAAUUGGGAAGUGGAAGUCGAAUUCAAAAUUCACGGCACAUCAUCGCUCUUCGGCGACGGCUUCGCCAUGUGGGUGACAAGGGACCGCGUGCUACAAGGCGAGGUGUUCGGAAUGAAGGACAAUUUUGAUGGGCUCGGGAUUUUCUUCGACACAUACAAACACAACCGUCCCGGGACAGUGUUCCCCUACGUCAUGGCCAUGCUGGGAGAUGGUAAGACCCCAUACGACAAGGGAAAUGACGGCAAAGCGAACGAGAUUGUGCCCGGCUGCACCGCGCGAGGCUUGCGGAAUCCCAGUGUCUCGACCAAGGCCAAGAUCACGUACUUCCAGGACAAGAAGCUCACGGUGGACCUACAAUACAAGGCCGAGGACGAGUGGACCCGCUGUUUCGAGACCGGUCCCCUGACUCUGCCUUCGGUCGCCUACCUGGGAUUCUCCGCCGAGACCGGCGAACUCUCAGACAACCACGACAUCAUCAAAAUCGAGACCAAGAACCUGUACUCGCCAAGUGGCUCGACAAAUUCCAAGGGCAGCGCCGGAGGUCAGGCGCAGGGCGCUGCGGGCAGUGCGGAUUACAGCAGGAACAAGGGCGGUUCAUCGCGGUCCACCCGCGCGAGCGGCGGCAGCUGGUUGUGGUUCCUGACCAAAACGGUCUUGGUGCUCGGGUUCCUGGCGGGUGCGGGAUACGUCGGUUUCACGGCAUACCGGGCACGGAAGAGGGAUCGCUUCUGA